AUGGCUUCGAGCUCGCAAUCCACGCCGUUCGGAGCGUCGCACUCGGCCUACAGAGACGAACUUCGCAUUCCAGAGCUCGAGCCCUACAGAGAUGAAGCAGGAUUCUUGCCAUUGGUACCUUGCUCCAAGUGCGGAACCCUUCUCAUCGGUCGCGUUUCACAUAAGGAGGGCAGCAAGGGGAAGCGGUUCUACAAGUGUCCACUGUUGGAGCAUACCGAUUAUGUCUGUCGCACAUACUACUUUGAAGAACACUAUGUCCCUUUGUUGGUCUCCAAAGGUGUUCUUCCUCGCCAUUUCAGUCAGCUUAGAGGUCGUGAUGGCAUGGGGCUGGAGGUGAGGAAGGAUGGCAAGGACAUGUUGAAGGCCUGCCAAGGUGUUGAUGCCUGCCAAGAACUGAUGGAGUGCAGUCAUUCAUCUCAAAGAUUCAGAGGCACUGCUUAA